CAGCACCAACACCACCCCCGGUUCAGCCCUGUCGUAACACGACCAAGGCCGACAUCAUCCUACUGCUGGACGCCUCCACUAGCAUCGGGUCCAUCAACUGGCAGAAGCAGGUCAAAUUCGCCGACGAAGUGACCCAGGCGUUCACUGUGGGUGCUAAUGACGUCAGAUUCGGUACACUCCUUUUUAACAAGUCGCCGACUAAGAUAUUCGAUUUGAAAACUUACUUCGACCACAAAUCAAUAUCUCAGGUAUUUUGUUGUUGACCUUAAUCCAUCACAUAGGCAGUUACGUACAUAGGCAGUAAAGAGCAUAGUACGGUACGUACAUAGACAGUUACGUUCAUAGAUAAUUACGUACAUUGACUAUUUUAUACAUAGACAGUUAUGUGCAUAUAAUAAAGUUUCGUAAAUUGACAAUUAUGUACAUAGACAGUUACGUACAUUGCAAAUUAUGUACACAGACAGUUACGUACAUUGAAAAUUAUGUACAUAGACAGUUACGUACAUUGACAAUUUUGUAUAUAGACAGUUAUAAACAUUGACAAUUAUGUACAAAGACUGUGACGUGCAUAGAAAUUUACGUAAAUUGUCUAUUACGUACAUAGACAUUUACGUACAUAGGCAGUUACUUACAUAGACAGUCACGUACGUAGAAAGCUACGUACACAGGAAGUUACGCUCCUUGCUUAAGACCAUAUUACAGGACAUAUCAAUGGUUUAUGUUUAUGGGGCAAAUACUUUAUACGUCAAUGUAAACGUUUGAAGGGCUCAGAAUGGUUCCAUUUACUCUGUGCGACACAAUGCUGUACCGUCAUCAUCAAAUAUUUGUUGAGUAUCCGUCAGCGCGCUAUGAAGCUAUCUUUCCUAUUCUCUAUUGCAUACAUCAGGGUUAAACUCCUAAGGGACACUGUUAAUAAACAGAGCAUGGAUCUUAAAAACAUUUUGAAGGUUUCAGUAAAUCCAUAGCGAAUAGUUGUGAUUAAUAUUUGAUUGCAUAUCUUUAGCUUAAACAUUUCAAACAUUAAUCUAUAACAUACAUAGAUAUUUUUUGUAGAUUUAAGUUAACUGCCAUAUCAUAGAAUAUUGUUGACACCCUUCUUAAACAUUAAUAUGACACAAAAAGCACUGAAUAUGUUAUGUCUUUAACCAUAUGAUAAUACAAAGAGACGUCUUUAAACAUGUUAUAAUACAUAGCAAUGUCAUUAAUCAUGUCAUAAUACAUUGACAUGUCUUUAACCAUGUCAUAAUUCAGGGAAAUGUCUUAAACUAUAUGCUACUACAUAGAAAUGUCUUUGACAAUGUGAUACUAGAUAGAAUUGUCUUUAAUUAUGGAAUAAUAGAUGGAAAUCCCUUUCAUCGUGUAAUAAUACACGGAAAUGUCUUUGAAAUGUCCUAAUACAUACUAAGGUCUAUAAUCAUGUGAUGACACAUAGAUAUGUCUUUAAAAUGUUUAAGCCCAUCAUUUUAAAAUUACAGGUACAGAGUUAAGUGUAAUGUCAAUGCCAUCCCACAAUUCCUUGCUCAACGCAUUGCUAUCUUUUGAAUUUCCUCUAGGCAUUGAACUCAGGAUAAGUUUUCCUGAGUCACUUCAAGUUUUCAUAACGUGCUAGUCUUAACGUAGUCAAUUUAAAGUCACCUGUUACCUUAAAAGAAAAAAAAAUAUAAUUGAUACAACAACAAAAAAAAACAGGUUUGAAAUCUAUUUGUUUUCUUGUUCAGGCAAUAUUAAGCAUAGAGUACCCCUACCGCAGUGGUACCAACACUCACCUGGGUCUGAAGGAGAUUCGGGAGCAGAAGCUGUUCAGUCCAGAGAAUGGCGGCAGAGAUGGUGUCAAAAAUAUUGUCAUUGUCAUGACGGACGGGCUGUCGACCUUACCCACUCUAAGUAAGUCAGCCAAUGUCAUUGUGUCAGUCAGUCAAAAAGCAGUAUGUAUGUUAUUGUGUCGUCAGUCAACAAGAAGUAUGUAUGUCAGUUUGAUUGCAUAAAAAUGUCAGACAAAGUCAUGGUAUCAUUUCUCAGUAAGUCAGCAACUGACAUUUGAUCAGUAAGUUAGCCACAGUCAUGUUAUCAGUAAGUUAGCCUCUGAAUCAAUAUGUCAUGAUAUUAUGUCUCGGUAUAACAGACACUGUCGGGUAUCAAUAUGCCAGACAUGGUCGCAUGCCAUGAUUGAUCUCUCCGUAUGUUAGCCACUAAUAUGUUAUCAAUAUUGCAGUCACUGUCAGGUACCAAUAUAUAAACGUAACUGUCAGGUAUUAAUAUGUCAGCCACUGUCACGGUAGCAAUAUGCGAGACACUGUCACGGAAUCAGGAUGCCAAUCACUUUCCCAGUAUUUGUGUCAGCCAAUGUCAUGCUAUCUGUGUCAGUCACAGUACAUGAUCUGAUUUGUGGGUUUGCUCUCGUGACUCUCGCCUCAUUAUAUUCUUAUAACAUACAUAUGAUAUAAUAUUAUGACACCCCACAUACAUAUGAUAUGAUAUAUGACACCCAACAUAUAUAAGAUAUAAUACAUGACAAUCUACAUACGUAUGAUACAAUACAUGACAUCUUACAUAGAAAUGAUAUAAUACAUCGCACUAUUCACUCAUACCUUAUUCUUCUAUAUAUAAGAGCAAAAAUCAAUGUAUUGAUCAGUCUGGCUCCUAUGUAUGUAGAGGGACUUGUAAUGUUGCCGGGUCUGGUAUUGAAGAAGAUAUAUCACUCGUUGCAAGGGCCCUCAUUGAGCGUAUUGGGAACUGGGGUUUUGACGAUUUACAUAUUAUAUAAUACACGACACCUAACAUACCUUAAUAUGUUAAUACGUUAAUUAUAAAUUUAAUACAUGACAUCUUACAUGCAUAUGAUAUAAUACAUGACACCUGUUAAAGAUACAUCUACAAUCUUCAUAUACUCCUGCAGUUUUCUUCUCACUUUCUCAUUUUCACUCAUUAUGUGGUAACUUAUGAAGUUUUUGACAAUGCAGUGGGCCUGCACAAUAGAAUCUAACAACAAAGUGUACUUUGAACGUUUUUCCUCGUGCCAUGUUUGUUAAGCCCAGGAAGAGGCCACGCUUCUGAAGAAUGAGGACGUGACCCUGAUAUCUGUGGGCAUCGGGUCGGGCGUCAACACGACGGAACUCCAGGGCAUCGCCAGUAAACCUGAUUAUAUGUUCCUAACCGGCGGUUACAACCUCUUGGACUUUAUCAAGAGAGACUUGGUCAAAAUGACUUGUGAAAGUAAGUGCAGACUUUAAUUUGGAUGUUAAACACUUCAAGACAGAAAUUAGAUAUAAUUUCCAAAAAAAAAAUGAAAAAAUAAUUGUUUUUGUAUAAAUGCAUUAUAAAAUGUAAUAAAGAGAAUGGGGCGGGGGUGGGUGGGAUGGGCUGGAAAUUUGACAAAACAUGCAUACACGUCACACAUUUUAAAAGAAUCUGUAUUAAGUGAUUUCCCCAACCCAUCCCAAGGCUAGCAUUUGCAUAUUUUAUUCACGCCCUUCAAUUAUAUAAUUAUUAUAAAUACCCACCCACUUUGACAUUACAGAUUUACAAAAUUCACUAUUUCAGAAAAAUGAACGACAAUAUUAAUCACCAAACGCACUUGCGUUAUUUUUUAAGAAUGUUAUUUAGCUCAGUUAACAGGAAUUUGAUUUAGUAAAAUCAGUGGCGUCAUAUUUCUUCUUUCCUUUGUAAAUUAAGCAACAAAUAAUUUUGGGGACUGGUGUAGGGGAUGGGACUUAAAAUAGAUUUACUGUGUUGCCGUCGGCGUGUCUAAAUGCCAAGUUUAAGCUCGAUAGGUUGUCAUGAAGUGGGUCGAUUAGCCGUUUAAAUAGUUUGCAAGCCGGAAAGACAUGAAGGAAAGCAAAGUUAAUAUAAAGGUUUUAAAAAGUGCGCCUUUUGCAAUAUUUAUUUUUUAAAAAUUAAAAUGUGCAAACAACCUUUUGACAUUGAGUUUAAAUUCCUGUUGUUGUUUUUUCUUCUUCUUCUACCAAUCCGUUUCACUUCUCUAAUUUAAUUUCUGGGCAGUCUAAAAUUUAAUGAAUGAACUAAUGUUUGUCAAAAACAUAGCUCGUUAAUACAUGAACACACAUCGUCUCUGAAUCAAACUCUGCAGGUAACCAGUUAGAUGUUUACUGUUGACGAUAGCCAAUUUAUAGAAUUAGAUGAAUGUAUUAUUUUAAUUGCAGGUGUUUCCAACUAGGACAGAGCACGUGACCUGUUUUGGUGCAUUUCAAGUCUUUGACAAACUGCAAAAUAAUGACACAUCGUUGAUGACAUUAAAGUCUGAAAACACCAUUUGGUGUCAAUUCUAUCGUCUGUUCUUUUGUUUUUACAUGUUGUUCAUUAAAAUAUUUCCCCC